AUGAAGCGCACUUUAACCCCCUUCAAGCGCACGAACGGUACUAAGGAAUCCAAUAUGUCUGCCAAAACACAGACCCAGUCUCUCCCUCAGCUAGUACCGUGGCCUUCGAUAGAGGAUUCCCCUCCGCCCCCCACUCACACAAUGAGCCCAUCCCAACGACUGAUCCCGCCACCCGGGCACAACCACCUGCCACCUCCACUGACAAAAUCGACUCCCCUCACAGAGGACAUGAAGAUGCGGCUGCACGCCAAGAUGGAAGAAGACCGGCGCAAGCAGGCGGAAGAAAAAACACACCAGGCUAGUUUGGUACUGGAACAGCGGCGCAUCGAGCAGUCAAUACUGUCGGAUGCCCUGCGCGCUGGUGUCCCACCGAAGCUAGUCCCGUUAAUCUUCAACGGCAUCUAUACCACCGUGGUCUGCACCGGAUUCCCAAUCUGCUUCACCCCCUGUGGUGCCCCGACAGCAAAAUACUUCGCCCCCGGCGUCGCCUUCAAAGCUCCCAGUUGCAUCCCCCCGCCUCAGCAGAGUCCUAAACAGUCGCUCCAGCAGAGUCCUAAAAAGUCACCUCAGCAGAGUCCUAAACAGUCACCUCAAGCACACGCUACUGGGUCGCCGCCGACGGCCACAAAGCAUCUGCCGGAAAAGCGCCAUCGUGAGUGGUCGGAUGCUACAUCUAGGUUACAUCGAGACCGAGUGAUAGGGUCUGAGCGAGAGCAACUGAGGCGCAAGCUGAAAUCCCAGAAGGUAGAGUUCGGUGGCAAGGAACUGCUGGAUACAGCAUUUGAACAUACCUUCCCCGUUACGAGCUCUAUGAUCGAGGCCCUGUCCCCUCGACGUUCGGCUGUUCCUCCCAAUAAGGCUUCUGGGACGCUGGAAAAACGACAGCAACCACCUCAGAAAUCUCAUACUAGGCCAUCGCAAGAAUCGGGGCGACCACAGUCCCAAGCAAAGCCCCAAUGGGAACCACACAUCGCGCCGAGAAAUCCUGGCAGUGUCUCAAAUGCACCAUCUCAUGUUCACCCACAGCAAAUGAACUCCCCUAGCCCGAAGCGAAAGAACCAGAGGUCGCACGAGAGAGUCCCUCCACCUCAAUAUCGUCGGCACGAGACAGUUUGCGGUCAACAAGACCCAUCCGAUGACCCACAGCUUGCUCAGAGGCAACAGCAGCGCGAUUUAUCCAGCUCCCGCGAAUCCCGUACUUGUGAUGGUGGUUCUUCCAAGCAAGCAUCGGAGUCAACCCCGGCUACAGUAGGAAAAUCGAGUGCAACUACAACUCAAGACUUUCGAAAACAACCAUCUCAUUUCCAGAGCAUAUCCAAUGUCGAUUCAUCAAAUCUCGUCCAAGGCAUGGUUCCAUACAUCAAGUUGGAGUGA